UCAAAGUGACAUGUACAUUGAGUGGUAAAUGAUUUUAAAAAGUGUUAUUAUCUAAAUGCACGCUAAAUUCAUCGUGGUGUGAACGUAGGCCUAUUAGUAUGGGCAGUAUGAUGUACAUUUUUCAAAUGCAGUUGAAGAAAAAAAUCAAUGGCCAACAAAGUAUCAGUUCACGAUAUUGAACUGUCUGUUAAGUGAACAUUAAAGCGAAAAGGCUGCUAUUUAAAUCUAAGACCUGAUUCAUUUGUGCAGCUUCGACUACUAGCCUACUCAAGUAUGCAUGAAGGUUGUCUACUGUCACACUAUGAGGACAUCAGAAGUUCAUUUUUAGAGCUGUAAUAUAAUAUAAACAAUAGAGCUAAUAAUACAGCUAUCAUUUUCAAAAAAGCAUAGGGAUGCUCACUUCCGUUUGAAAUUCGCCCCUAGUGUUUGGUGUAUCCAUAGCAACACAACUCUGGACUCACCUGAACAUAUCUAUAGUCACAUGCUUCAACAGCUCUGCUGGUUUAAGGAUGAGUCAGCCUAGUAAAUACAGCAGCAACAAAGUACUCAUUGGUAAUUGGGCGGAGGAGAGAUUACAUUUCACUCGGGACUGCGAGACGGCGAACAGCAGCUACAGGAUGGACUACACGCCCCACAUGUCAUACAGGCCCGAUGUUGUCACAUUCCAAAGGAGUCGCAGCUCAGAGGGUCUUCCUUUAAGGCAGUUAUUUUCUCAUCAUGACGUCCCCUCCUCCCACUGCCUGGUGUCGCUCUAUGAUGAGUCGUAUGGGCGGCAGGCCUCCUCCUCUCUGCCCGCACUGCACUCCUGGAGCUCUUUCAAACUGGCCAGGGUCCCAGAGAGGUCAGAUCACCCAACACAGGCCCCCCCUACUAAUUUUGGCUUGGUGGCUUCUUGGCGGGCCCGCAUGGAACAACAGCGGGCAGUUGUGCCCACACUAAGUGAGUAUAAGGCUUCAUACCCUCUGCACCCCAUCAGCGCCUUCUGUUAUUCUCGCCACGUUAGCAUGCCCAAGCGCUUCUCCAGCAGUCAGCACCCUGCCAACCUCAGCACUUGCACUCAGGGCCUGGCACUGAAACACAGACCCUGCAGGCAGGUCUCCAGUAAUCCAGCCAGCCUGCUGUGACCCUUACUCCACCUUCAGCCCUCCAGCACCACACAGACUAGCCUCAACCUGGGGAGAGGGCAUGGAAUACCUUGUUUUAUUGAUCAGUGACACUUAAAACCAAAGAAACGGGAACAUUUUGUUCUGUUUGCACAAAGACAAAUAAAAGAUAUACACUGCAAUGUGGUCCAAAAGUCAAAUAC